AUGAUGGACAGACAGAGCCCUGAGGAGACAGAGGAGAAGGGAAGAGGAGGAGGAGGAAGAGGAGAGACCAAUGGGACUACUGCUACUGCCACUGACACCUUUAGCACUACAGGAGUUACCACGGUUACCACCAAUGCCACCAAAUCAGUGGUCAUCACCAUUACAAAGGCAGCCAGCUACACCACACCCCCAUGCAGCCAGGCCGCUCCCACCUCUCUGGGAACCGCCCCCACAGAGAGACAGGCUGUUCAGGUGAGAGCGGGGACAGGGAGCUAUAAGGGACAGGGAGCCAGAGGGGACCGUUUCCGUCAGUGUGUCAAAUUUAGGAGAAUGAAACCACAUCUGUGUGUCAAGCAAAGGCUAGUUUUCUAAUCAUAAGAGUAGCCUAUGUUAUCCUGACCAAACCCAGGUCGUCAACAUGCCUGGAAUCGAACCCUGACCAAACCCAGGUCGUCCACAUGCCUGCAAUCGGACCCUGACCAAACCCAGGUCGUCCACAUGCCUGCAAUCGGACCCUGACCAAACCCAGGUCGUCCACAUGCCUGGAAUCGAACCCUGACCAAACCCAGGUCGUCAACAUGCUUGGAAUCGAACCCUGACCAAACCCAGGUCGACCACAUGCCUGGAUCGAACCCUGACCAAACCCCGGUUGCCCACAUGCCUGGAAUCGAACCUGUUUCAUGCUGAGCUUAAGACGAGGCAUUAGUUCUGGGAGAUAAAAUUAGUCAUCAGUUCUGGUGAGAGUAGUUCAGGUUUGUCUUGUGAGCACUGAACCACCCCCACUACGCAAUAUGAGUAGUGUUUCUCUGCUGUGUCUCUCUCUAGGUGAUCCAGCAGUCCAUCCACAGCAGUCCAUCCACAGCAGUCCAUCCACAGCAGUCCAUCCACAGCAGUCCAUCCACAGCAGUCCAUCCACAGCAGUCCAUCCACAGCAGGCCCCCAGACCAUGGCAGCUCAGUACCUGCAGCAGAUGUACGCCGCCCAGCAGCAACACAUCAUGUUGCAGACCGCAGCCCUGCAGCAGACAGUCCCCCACCUCACCCCCUGCAGCCAACCGCAUGGUGCCCCAGUCACCUGGUAUCUCUGUAAGUUCAGCACUCUGGUAUCAACACUUAUCUGCCUACCAAUGCCUGGUGAGACCAACACAAUUCUGUCUGCCUGUCUCCAGAUUACCAUCCCUGCCUCUCCAGUAACAAGCCAGCUGAUUGGUUGUUCUCAGAGUUCCAGCUCCACCACAGGCACGAUUACCCGGCAGGCCCUGAUCCUGGGGACUGGCUCUGCCUCCUGUAGCCAGGCCCAGAUGUACCUCCGCACCCAGAUGAUCCCUCUCCAUCUCCCUUUUACUGUACCAGUUCUGUAGCGCAUGAUAAACCAUCUACUUGCCCAAAGAAGAGCUUCAUUGUAAGCAUGCCAAUUUCUCUCUGUCUCUUUUCCCACUGAUGUUUCCAACAAUUUCUCUUUCACAUUGAGAGUUUCUACUAACUUUCUCCUGCUCUCUUCUCUUUCUUCUUGGUGUCUCUUCUGCCUCUUCUUCCUGUUCUGCCUCUUCUUCCUGUUCUGCCUCUUCUUCCUGUUCUGCCUCUUCUUCCUGUUCUGCCUCUUCUUCCUGUUCUGCCUCUUCUUCCUGUUCUGCCUCUUCUUCCUGUUCUGCUUGUUCUGCCUCUUCUGUCUGUCAGCUGAUUCUGACCCCUGCGGCCACCGUGGCAGUAGUCCACCCUGACCUGCCUUCUGCCUUCUGCAGCUCCUCUCAACUCUCCGCCUCCCAGGUCAGCAACCACCGCUAGGGUCAAGGGUUAAAGGUGAAAGGUUAAGAAUGGCCAUUCAGGUCUUACAUGCAUGGCAGGCUAGCUAGCCUGUCAUCAGACAGCACAGCAGGAGUUUACAUCUCACUACUGCCGAGAUGUCAUUUAUAUAGCUGGAGGACAAAUACAUUUUAUACUAUUAUUAUAAUAAAAAAUGUAGGCCUAUGCGAUCACUGCACUGUAAGUCGCUUUGGAUAAAGGCAUCUACUAAGUGGUAUAUAGUAUCUGACAUGGCUAGACAUGUGGACAGGAGGCAGAUAUCUGACACAUCGGGCACAUCGACAGAUUUUUCACCUAGUCGGCUCGGGGAUUAGAACCAGCGACCUUUCGGUUACUGGCACAACGCUCUUACCCACUAAGCUACCUGCCACCCCACAUGUGGACAGGAGGCAGAUAUCUGACUUGGUAUUUCAUGGCUAGACAUGGACAAGUGGCAUACUGUAUAUCUGAAUACACUGUAACAUAUACUAUAUAUACAAAAGUAUGUGGACACCCCUUCAAAUUAGUGGAUUCGGCUAUUUCAGCCACACCCGUUGCUGACAGGUGUAUAAAAUCGAGCACACGGCUAUGCAAUCUCCAUAGACAAACAUUGGCAGUAGAAUGGCCCGUACUGAAGAGCUCAGUGACUUUCAACGUGGCACCUUCAUAGGAUGCCACCAUUCCAACAAGUCAGUUCGUCAAAUUUCUGCCCUCCUAGAGCUGCCCCGGUCAACUGUAAGUGCUGUUAUUGUGAAGUGGAAACACCUAGGAGCAAAAACGGCUCAGCCGCGAAGUGGUAGGCCACACAAGCUCACAGAACGGGACCGCCGAGUGCUGAAGUGCGUAAAAAUUGUCUGUCCUUGGUUGCAACACUCACUACUGAGUUCCAAACUGCCUCUGGAAGCAACAUCAGCACGAGAACUGUUCGUUGAGAGCUUCAUGAAAUGGGUUUCCAUGGCCGAGCAGCCGCACACAAGCCUACGAUCAUCAUGCGCAAUGCCAAGUGUCGGCUGUAGUUGUGUAAAGCUCGCCGCCAUUGGACUCUGGAGCAGUGGAAAAGCGUUCUCUGGAGUGAUGAAUCAUACUUCACCAUUUGGCAGUCCGACGGACGAAUCUGGGUUUGGCGGAUGCCAGGAGAACGCUACCUGGCCAAAUGCAUAGUCACAACUGUAAAGUUUGGGGGAGGAGGAAUAAUGGUCUGGGGCUGUUUUUCAUGGUUCGGGCUAGGCCCCUUAGUUCCAGUGAAGGGAAAUCUUAACGCUACAGCAUACAAUGACAUUCUAGACGAUUCUGUGUUUCCAACUUUGUGGCACCAGUUUGGGGAAGUUGCUUUCCUGUUUCAGCAUGACAAUGCCCCAGUGCACAAAGCGAGGUCCAUACAGAAAUGGUUUGUCGAGAUCGGUGUGGAAGAACUUGACUGGCAUGCACAGAGCCCUGACCUGCGAGCCAGGCCUAAUCGCCCAACAUCAAUGCUCAACCUCACUAAUGCUCUUGUGGCUGAAUGGAAGUCUUCACAGCAAUGUUCCAACAUCUAGUGGAAAGCCUUCCCAGAAGAGUGGAGGCUGUUAUAGCAGCAAAGGGGGGACCAACUCCAUAUUAAUGCACAUGAUUUUGGAAUGAGAUGUCCACAUACUUUUGGUCAUGUAGUCAAUAUAUCAGGAACAUGUGGGUAUGGAGCCCUGAGGGACACCAUACCCACGUGCUUCUACACCUGCAUUACUAGCUGUUUGGGGUUUUAGGCUGGGUUUCUGUACAGCACUUCGAGAUAUUAGCUGAUGUACGAAGGGCUAUAUAAAAUAAAAUUGAUUGAUUGAUUGAUUGAUAUCCAGUACCUGCUCAAAGACAUUGGAUGUAUGUAAGUAAUAUCCUAUAACAUGUGUCUUCUCUCCUCUCUCGGGUUCAGAGCCUGGCUCUGCGGUCCCAUCUCCCCGGGGCUUUGGCCACUGGCCAGAGUGUCCUGCUGCAGCCAUCCUCCCAGCCCCAGGCCCAUGCCCUGGUCAGUUCCCUGCCCAAGAUGUCCCUCUGUCCCCUGAGGUCCAGCCAGCAGUCUGACCCCUCCACAGACACCACUGGAGCCGAGACCCGACCAGCCAACGUCACUCGGCUAACAUCAGCAAACCAGUUUAUCGCACCAGGUAAGUCAGUCACCAUGGCAUGGUUAUAACUUUUGUGCUCUAUUGGUUUGAAUCAGUGUUAUUCAGUACUGGUCCUGAAGAUCCACAGGUCGUGCAGGCUUUUGUUUGUUACACGUAUCCAACCCCUCAUGUCUGUUCACAUGGUUUUAUUGCCAUUCCAGCGUCAUACACUCCUGUCCAAUCCCAUGCGUUGGUCAGGCACCAGCUGCACUGUCCUCCCAGCCACAAGGGGGCACCCCACCAGCACAUCGUCCAGCAGACCACAGCAGGAUCCCACCGGCAGCUGCACCCCAUCGCCCUGCGCCUCGCACCCCUUGACACCUCCCCCACUCCCUCCCCUCUUACCCUCCAGCCCCUGGUCACCCCGACUCAAACCGCCUCCAAGUCCCCUCCUCUUCCUGCCAGCAGCCCGUCCCCACCCCACCCCACCCCACCUCCCCAGCAGACAGUGGUAGUGUCCUCAUCAGCCCCUCCUCUGCCUCUCCUGUGCCCCAGCCCCAGCCCCAGCCCCAGCCCCCCACCCUGAGUCUCGGCCCCAUCUCCCAGGCCUCUCUCCCCAAGCUUCUCCAGCCUCCUCUGGCAUCUCUCAAGAGGCUGUCCCUGCGCUCCGUCCAGGCAGUCCAGUCCACUGGGGUUCUGGUGUUGAAGGAGCUCCCCGUGGCAGAGGCACUGAUUCAGAUGCCCUUCCAAAAUGUUCCGGCACACCACAUGUUCCAAAAUCUUCCCCAAACAUCCCAGAACCUACCCCAGACGUUCCAGAACCUUUCCCCUCCCCAGACCGUAGACCUCUGAGGAGAGGAGAGAGGAGAGGACCCCCCCCCCCCCCUCCACCCACACUCUCUCCACCCUCCACCCACACUCUCUCCUCUGUAAAGACAUACAGUCCAAUUAUACAGAGAACUGUACAGGUACACAACAUUAGUGUCUUACAAUCAUGUAAGCAGUGAGAACGACUGCUUUAUGGCACUUUUCAAAACACUCAAACACAAUGUACUGGCAGUUUUCAUAGAGCAACAACACACAUAACUCUCUCUCUCUCCUCCAGGCGGGUUGGGAUUCCCUUGCGUCCCUCCGUCCAGCCGCACUGCGAUCCACUCGUCAUCCCAGGACACCUCCUCUUACGCCAGUUGCUUCCCCCCCUCCGUUACUGCCUGCCACCACGGUAAGAAGCCCAGGCCCCAGCCAGCCCCCCUCAGCCCCCCUACCAGGGAGCCCUGAGAGCGCUAGACCUCUCAUCCUAACUCACCGUAAUUGAGGGGUUUGUCGUCAGAGAGGCCCUGCAGCCGUUCCUCCCGGUACCAUUCCCGGUACGUUCACUGGUGGGUGUUGUAACCAAGCUCCACAGUGUACACUACAGGUGCACACUACUACUGGUCGCCAAAGGCAUGGAUAGUAGCCUAGUAGUCACCACUUCACAGUGUAAUGCACACUAGACUUCAGGCCUUGUCCUGGUCGCCAAAGGCCUAGUCACAUACCAUCCUCCCUCACCCUUCUUCACUGAAUGGUGGAUUGUGCGUUCAACCCUAGUCGAUCUUAAGACAGUAGUAGAGCACAGCAUCUUGAAGCCACAACCACAACCCCCCAUAUAUCAAACGUCCUCUUGACCAAGCAGUCUCCUCUCUUACUGGUUGUUGGUUAACACGUUGUUCAGCCCUUCAUAGCAGUAUGUUGUUAUGUUGUUCAGCCCUUCAUAGCAGUAUGUUGUUAUGUUGUUCAGCCCUUCAUAGCAGUAUGUUGUUAUGUGAACCAGUCAUAGACUGAGUGGUGCGUUCCUUCCUGCCUCAGGUGGGCCGUUCCUCUUUGGGGGCAGACCAGCAGAAGCCCGGGAGGUGAGACCCAAUGGGGAUCUAGCACCUGAGAUGAGAACCAAUAGGGAUGGAGAGCCAGAGGAGAGCCUGGUGGAUGCUGAGCAGCCAGACAUUUUACAUUACAUUUUAGUCAUUUAGCAGACGCUCUUAUCCAGAGCGACUUACAGUAAGUGAAUACCUUUUUUAUUUUUUGUUGUUUUUGUAUUUUUAUAAAUAAUACUUUUUUUUAUUAUUUUUUUUAUACUGGCCCCCCAUGGGAAUCGAACCCACAACCCUGGCGUUGCAAACGCCAUGCUCUACCAACUGAGCUACAUCCCUGCCGGCCAUUCCCUCCCCUACCCUGGACAACGCUGGACCAAUUGUGCGCCGCCCAUGAGUCUCCCGGUCGCGGCCGGCUGCGACAGAGCCUGGAUUCGAACCAGGAUCUCUAGUGGCACAGUUAGCACUGCGAUGCAGUGCCUUAGACCACUGCGCCACUCAGACAACUCCAGUGACUCAGACAUGGAUGAUAUCCUCAUCCUGGACGGUGUGUGUGUGUGUGUGUGUGUGUGAAUACCUGCGAGCAUGCGAGUGUGUCCGUCUGUCCGUCCGUCCGUCCUACCUUCUAACAGUGCGUCCUCUCAUGCUGUACUGCUGCUGAGAGCCUGGUAGACUUGGUAGUUCUGUGGGAAGAGAGGCUAUGUUCACACCUUCCUCCGAUCCAAACGAUUCAGCUCCAUGACAUUUUUUACAUUUUAAUCAUUUAGCAGACGCUCUUAUCCAGAGCGACUUACAGUUAGUGAGUGCAUACAUUUUCAUACUGGCCCCCCCGUGGGAAACGAACCCACAGCCUUGGCGUUGCAUGCGCCAUGCUCUACCAACUGAGCUACAGGGGACAUGACCUGUGUCAGGAGGUCAGUCCAGUUUUCCUCAUAGGGUGACAAAAUUCGCAGUUUUUCCAGAAAUCCCAGUUGGAACACUCCUGGAGUUCCUGGUUCCAGGAAUCGUCCAAUCGUGUUUUCUGAAAAAAUGAAAAGAUACCGGGAAAGUCACCCAAAUUUUGCAACACUAUUCCCUGACCCAGAUGAAGCCCCUGUAGUCCAUAUGUGGACUUGUGGCCAAUAGCCAUAUGUAAUUGUUCCCAUCCAGGAUCAAGGGGAAUUCAAGAGACCCAGACUAGAAUUCUUGGAAUGUUUUGGUGUUCAGUGGAAUAUCUCCCUUGGAUGGCUAAACUCCAGAAACCAUACACACAGACCUCAACUCUCCCCGUCUCUCCCCGUCUGUCUCCCUCUCUCCCUCCACUCUGUCAGGUUCAAUGUGAGAUGUACGAAGCGUCUGAGCAUGUUGAAGAUGGACAAGGCCAGUCGUUGGGGCUACAGGCUGCUGGGCCAGAGAGGAGGACCCCCGACGGGGGGUCAACGGGGGCUCCAGAGAACACUUCCUCCUCAGACAGGUCAGAGGUCAUUGCCUGGUCCCAGAACUGUCUGUACGUUUAGCCAACUCCUAUGAUCAUUGAUAACGGCAAUCAUGGCAAAACAGCACAAAUAAAUCUGGAACCAGGCUAGGUCAGUUAGACAGACAGACUUCAACAAAUGUGCAAUUAUCUGAUCUACCUAUGAAACCCCAAACUGUUGUCCCUCAUUUAAAGCAUUACAUGGGUAAAUGUCUGAUCGUGAUCAUGUUGUUUCUUCCACUGCAGAUGAAGUGGCCCCACGGCUCUGAUGAAACCCAGAGAAGGUUGAGGGGAGAGGGGGAAGAGAGGGGGAGGGAGCAGGGAGGGGAGCGACGUUCAGUCCCUCUUAUGGAUAGAUCGCAGGAAAAGACUGUAGUGAAUAUCCAACACAGUGGAGUGUGGAACAAGUCUUCUCCUACAUCAACUCUUUACCAGGUAUCUUUAUGGCUUCACUAUGGCUUCACUGCUUGAACCAAUACUGUAAUGGAUGCACAUAUCUUAUACAAUAUCCCUGGGGCCAGGAGUUUUUCCCCACUCAGGUCACAUCUCCUGGCCCUAAAUGUCACAACUCUCCCCCCCUCUCUCUCCACUCCACCUCCUCUAGGUGGGCGGGACAUAUCCAACGAGUUCCGUUCACAGGAGAUUGAUGGCCAGGCCCUCCUAUUGCUGACAAGAGAACCACUUGAUGACAGCUAUGAACAUCAAACUAGGCCCUGCCCUCAAACUCUGUCCCCACAUCAACGCUCUGAAGGAACCAUGAGCACAGGAAAUGAGCGUCUCAAAUGGAACCCUAUUCCCUAUAUAGUACACUACUGUUGACCAGGGCCCAUCUGGUCAAAAGUAGUGCAAAAGCAGGGUGCCAUUUGGAAUGCGACCGAGAGGAACACCCUUAUCGGACUAUGAAGACAUGGGAAUACAGGAGGAAAUGAGACACACCCUUCAACUCAGUGAGAAGCAGCGAGUAAACUGUUUUUCAUCAGUGUAUCACCGUAGUGAUCGUAGCAAUAAGGUUAAAGGUGGCCUUUUCUGUGUGUUACAUUGUAAGCACUGUACAUGCUGUUUCAACUUAAAGGUUUAAAUAACUAUAUUUCAAUGUUUUGCCAAAAUGUUGGUACUCUCUGAAGGCUGUUUUCCAAGCCUGAGACGAGUUGGGAUUUUACAACGACACAGAUUGACUGAAGUUGCAUGAGGAAAUCCACCAAGAACCCUUGUAGCAUAGCAACCGCAGAGCAACCAGGAAGUGCCUUGUGAAUUCCAAGGUUGAUGAGACAUUAGACAAGCAACAUAUUAUUUGUCGUUAUAAAUAUAAUACAAAUAAAAUCCUUUACCAGACUUGCAUGUAUUCAUUAUUGACCUGUCAUGGGGGAAUAGUCUCAUUCCUGUACUGUCAUUGCAAGUCAUGGGUUACGUCCCAAAUGGCACCCUAUUCCCUAUAUAGUGCACUACUUUAGCCCUAUGGGCUCUGGUCAAAAGUAGUGCACUAUGAAGGGAAUAGGGUGCCAUUUGGGACUCAGGUAUACCAGUAAGAAGCAAACUAGAUGACUGAGGAAGCUUUAUUGAGCUGACAUGAUUCACGUUCAGAAUGUUACAUUCCUGUCACCAGGAAAUAGGUAUAAAUGAAGGUAUUGACAAGCUAGCCCUACAUGACCGUAGAAUAAGGCAGGAAUUCAAACAGGAAGAGGAAUUCAAAUAUGGCUAUUUAAAAAAAACAGACAUUCCCUUUUCUAUAUAAAAAUAGAGCAGUAUUUUCUAUUAAGAGUUCUGAAUUUACAGUCAUCCAGCCUUAACGGGUAACCAUGUUGGAAAAAAUACUGUGGUCGGUGGUCUAAAUGAAGUCCCAGUUUGAAACAGCAGUGUACGUCCUCCCAGGAGUUUCACGUUGACGCUGUUAAUCUUGACCAGUCGAUCACGUAUGAUUCCGGUUGAUUUGAGAAUUAUUUGAAUAACUUGGUAAUUCAAUGUUCACAGUCACACCACAGCAGUUGAAUGUCCUCAAAGAAACAGUUCUAUAUGGCUCUUUUUGUCCCAGAAUGCUCAACAGUUUUGUUGUGAUUUGGAAACUUUGGCACUCUGCCUUUUAAAUGCAACGUUGCCGCAUUUGUGGAGAUCGCAUUUGUGGUAAACGCUGCGUCUCAAUCAGAAAUUACCUUCAAAUGUCAAGCACUAUAAAACGCGCCCUCGGAUUGAAUCUCAGCUGAAGUCUGACGGUUGGAAGCCAAGUAGACAGUGUGGUGUUCAGUGUGCAGGACGCUGACCGAUCAAUGCUUUCAUCUUCAUCUGUUGCUCGAUCAUCCAAUCAAACUCCUCUCUUUCCCUGAGGAGAGAAGGAAGGAGAGGAAAACAGAUUCAGAUGUCGGAAUUGGUGCCCUGACUUGGGUUAGCUCCCCAAACUAAUGCCUAGGCUUUAGCUCAGUGGGCUAACACACUCCUCCUCUCUUACCUUUUACUCAGACAGGGCCCUUUUAAGUAUUUGUCCUCUGCCUUCACCAGUGACAACUUGUCCACUCCAGCUAUGGCAUAGAUAAUAGCCUGCAGGAGAAGAAGACUUUAGAAUAAUUUAAUUUAAAGUAAUUUAACGUCACUUCAACAGUAAAGAAAGGGAAUAUAAAACACACACAGAAAAAAUCAAUUUGUGUUUCAAUGUAGUAUCCUACUGCAUAAAGUAGAAUCCUACUGCAUAAAGUAGCAUCCUACUGCAUAAAGUAGCAUCCUACUGCAUUCUGACCUCAGGUAAGAGGACAUCCAGUACGAGGCGUAUGCGGUCUACAUCAGCCAGGCAGGGGGCGGUGAGGGGGGCAGUCUCAUACACCCCUCUCAGGUACUGGUAGACCUGGUCCAGCUGCUCCUCGUCCUCCAGGUAGGUGUCCACUACUGA